AUGAACUCCUCAUUUACAGAAAUGAACACACCACUUGCUGAUGGUGACAUGGAGAAGGAGCCUGAGAAGGACACAGACCAGAAUGAAGAGACAUCCAAAAUCAGUGAGCCUCCGGAGCCUGUGCUGUCAGCUGACGCCUCAGCAGAGGCAGCCACACAAGGCUCUGACACUGACCUAGACGAUGAAGAUCCUGAGAAGGCCUCUAUGGGCAUUAUGGGUACAGAGCUGUACUUGGAGGCAUGCAGGCUGAUGAAGGUAGUGCCGGCCUCACUCUUCAUUCAGAACCUAGACAAGCCUUAUAUAAACCUGAACUACUAUGGUCUAGGACCCAGAGGUGUCAAAGCCAUUGCUAUUGCUCUGGUGUCCAAUGCAACUGUCACCCAUCUAGAGCUGGAACACAACGACAUUGGGUCAGAAGGAGCCAUAUCCAUCUCAGAGAUGCUACAACAGAAUUCCUCCCUUCAAAAACUGAACCUCUCCAAUAACCACCUCGGCACAGCAGGAGCUAAAGCCAUUGCCAAUUUGCUUUUGGAUAACAUGUCCUACCUCCAUGCUCUUCAGCUCUCAGGAAACAACUUUGGAGAAGAGACUGUACCAUACUUUGCUGAGGCACUAAUGGACAAUUACCUAGUGAAGGAGUUGGACCUCAGCCACAAUGAGUUCUCUGAGAAGGGAGGACAGCUCCUGGGACAGAUGCUCGACAGCAACAAAGCACUGGAGAUUCUGGACCUCAGCUGGAACCACCUGAGCAGCAUGGGGACAGUGGCAUUGGUCACAGGUCUCAGGUGCAAUGAUACACUGAGAAUACUGAACCUCUCUUGGAAUGGCAUUGGCAAUGAGGGAGCACUGGCCCUAGGAGAAGCUCUCAAAGUCAAUAAUGUGCUGGUUCACCUGGACAUCAGCAACAACCAGAUCAACGACAUGGGUGCCAUGAAGCUCUGCAGAGGCCUUGAAGUCAAUGGAAAACUCAGAAUCCUGAAGAUGGCCAGAAAUCCCCUGACCGUGGAAGGUGCCACUGUGCUAGUCACAUCUGUCAGAAAGAAUCCUGAAUCCAUGAUGGAGGAGAUCAACAUCUCAAAUGUGUUCGUGAAUGAAGCAUUCAUCAGGUUGCUGGAUUUGGUGUUUCAAACGCGUCCUGAAUUAGAUGUCAUCCACGGCGAGGUUGAAGGCCAUAUUGCCAAGACCCCCAAGCCGCCUCCAAACCCCAUGAAAGUGAUUCAGAAAUAUUUGAAAGAGCACAACCUACGACUCUGGGACUUUUUUAGAAAUAUUGACAAGGAUGGAAACAUGAAGAUUCCUGUGGCAGCCUUCCGGAGAGCCAUGAUGCAGCAAACAAACAUCCCACUGGAUCGAGUCCAAAUUGGGGAACUAGUGCGCAAGCUAGACCAGAAACGGACAGGUGUCGUGGACUACAGUCACUUAAAAGAGCAGAAGCCAGUACAGAAGCCUGUGGAAGGAGAAAUCCAAGAGGAAGAGAAGGAAAAGCCAUAA